CUUCAAAGGACUGAUUCGGGGUCAUCUAGAAAGAAAGGCAUGCGCGUCUUAGCAACUCGUCUCUGCGCGCAGUGCGGGAACACGUUAACCUGCACUUACCCUCCGGCACCAAGUAUCGAUCUCCUACGCGCUGGCCAUGUUCCCUCUCCAAACGAGCACAGCGAAAUUCGUCAGGAUAUAUCAGCACUGGGCGCAUCUCUGGCCGCCAUCGAUGCCGAAUUGUCGUCCAUCAAGGCGCGCCUUGCCACCCUCGAGCAUCAUCGUAUUCAGCUCGCCGAAAGCAAAUGUCGUAAACAAGCACUGAUUGCUCCCAUCAACCGCCUUCCGAUUGAGCUACUCGAGCUCAUCAUACACGCUGCCCUGCCACCGACAUGGACGACCGCCAGCAUCGGUACCACACGUUUCCCGCUCCUGGAGACAUGUUACCGAUUUCGGCGCACGGCACUCGGCAUGCCUGAGCUAUGGUGCAAGAUAAUCGUAGGGGACAUGAUUGUCGACGAGCGCUUCUGCGCGAUCGCACAGCUAUACAUGGACCGCGCAGGGAGUCGUCCCGUGGACGCCUUGUACGUCCCGGAAUUCACCCGUGGGGAGGCCGUAUUCGACCAAUGGAUUAUCUCUCACAUGGGUCGUCUUCGCAACAUCAGAUGGCUCGUUGACACGCAUGCUCUGCCUGUGACUCGCCUAUCCGCGCCGUUUUUGGAGAGUGCCACGUUUAUGGCUCAUCGGGACAUUUCGCUCCAUCCCGUCCUCACCAUCGUGGACGCCCCUCGCUUAUCCAAGGUGACCAUACACAACUUUGAGACCCCUUUAGUAUUGGAUAUUCCAUGGGCGCAACUCGAGAGCUUAGUCGUUCAGAACACCACACUGCGUCUCGAAAACAUGCAUACGAUCUUGUCUUGCGCGUCUCUCACGACACUGGAGGUCCGUGUCUCCACGGCUGCCAGCGAGCUGCCACACGGCGAAGGAUCCACCCAAUUUCCCGUCAUCACGAUGAAUGCCUUGCGCUCGUUGAAGCUCGCGGAAUGUGGCCUUUCUCUCAGCGCGAUCAUCUGCGCACCCAAUCUACACGAGCUGGAAAUGUGGGAGAACACCUGGUGCUUGGUCGAAGUCCCAGGCAUCUUCGCGCGCUUCACAUCGCCCGUGCGCACGAUGCUCGAACGCAGCCCGCCCCGCCUGCACACAUUGACCCUCCACGGCUUUCCGUGUUGCAAAGACGACGACGACUUGAACGACAUCUUGUCUAUCUUGCGCCUUGUGCCCCAUGUCAGGCGCCUGAAGCUCGGGUACGACGCCCCAGACGCGUACGAUAUACCCUUCCUUCAUCGGCUCAGCCGCCGCCAGGAUCAGCCCUUCCAUCUUCCUGACCUGGAACACAUCGCCCUCGAUUACUACGGCGCCGACUUUGUCCUCUGUCCCGGUUUCGAGGACGCGUUGAGGGAGCUGGCGCUUUCGCGCUGGGGUGUAGGCAAUGAGAAGCCUACGGAGCGCAUGUCUCUUCACUCGCGUACCUGCAAGCGCGUUAGGGAGUGCUGCUGCGAGGUUCUGGAUGAAUGGGUAACGAAGAUGAAGGUGGAGGGAAUUAUUUUCAAUAAGCUACCGUGUGGGCUCUGCUGACAAUUUAUUCAUACUCGCUAUUCCCUUGGACCUCUUGACUUUCGCCCGCAGAGCUCAACUACUUCGAUC